GGAUUUUUUAAAAUCAAAUUUAACAUUUUUUUUUUAAUCUUCUAGUGGGGUUUCUAUUUUUUCUUUUCUUUUCAAUUCUUUCAUUGUGUUUUCACUUAUGUUUAAAGAAUGACCAUUUCUUGAUUCUUUUGAAGGAAAAAGAAAGUAUAUUGCUUUAUGCUAUUCAUAUAUAUCUAGAAAAAUAUAAUCUUGAUCCAUUCUUUACUCAUCUAUCCUUUUUUAUUUUUCCACUAGUGGGGUCAUUUUUUUUCUUUUUUCACAAAAAAGAUUGGUUCUUUAUUUCAUAUUUCUUCGAAUCUUCUAGUGGGGUUUCAUUUUUUUCAAUUCUUAUAUUGUGUUUUCACUUUAUUUUGCUAUUUUGGUUUGUGGGGUUUUGAAGAAUGACCAUUUCUUGAAAUUAUUUUGAAGGGAAAGAUGGGUGAUUUGUGUUUUUUGAAGGGAAAUAAUAUCAUGGUGAUUGGUUAUUAUUGACAAAUUGUUCUGUUGAAUGGGUUAAUUCUUCUGGAUAUAGAAAACGUGUAGUUACUUUUCCGGUUAGAUGGCUGAAAGUUAUAUGUCUCAAUUUGAUGUUGCUUCUUUGAAAGAAACACUAUGUGCUCAGCAACAGCUUCUACAGAAGCUUUACAGUGAGUUGGAUGAGGAAAGAGAAGCCUCUUCUAGUGCUGCUAGUGAAGCGUUAUCGAUGAUCUUGCGUCUCCAAGGAGAAAAAGCUGCAGUAAAAAUGGAAGCCGAACAGUACAAGCGAUUAGCUGAGGAGAAAAUGUGUCACGCUGAGGAGUCAUUAGCCAUUUUCGAGGAUCUUUUCUAUCAAAAGGAGAUGGAGAUAGCUGCCUUAGAGUAUCAGGUGCAAGCCUAUAGGUAUAAGCUGUUGAGCACGGGUUCUGUGGACCCCGGGAUCAGUGAAUUUAAAUAUCCUGAGAAUUUGUUGCAAAGAAACGAGACUUUAGCAGGAGAAAUGAGUCUCCAAGCCCUCGGAAGGCGUAACUCUGCCCCUCCUUUUCCUCUGAAAUUUCUGAAAAAGGGUGCUAUGGAAAUGGAUGAUUCAAGUUCGGAAAGAGAUUCGAAUUCCAAAACAGUGGAGGAAUACACAGGGCAAGAUAUGAACGAGCAGCAGUCGGAUACAGAGAAGAAGACUGAUAUUUCCACGACUGGAAGUAUCAAUUCGUAUUGGCAACAGAUUCGUCAGUUGGAUGAUCGAGUGAAAGAGAUUACAGGAGUUAGCUACGCGAACUUGAGGAGUGAAACGAGGUCUCCUUCGCCGCUUUCUCAAAGAAGCAUUAAGAUAAGCAGAUCAGAAAAUGAAAUGUACCAGCCUAAGCUUCACGUCAGCAAAUCAGAAAAUGACACACCUGCUGAUUCGGGUUGUUCUCCAAAUGUUCUUGAUGUCUUCGAAGUGCCUCGAGUGGAUAAGGAUACAAUCGACAUUGGAUUGCCUCCUAAACAUGAUCGCAAGAUCGUUUUGCAUAGUGAUGAAAGGCUCAACAGACCAGAUUCUGCUCAACAAGAGGCUGCAAAACAGUUAGUUAAAGAUGAAGCUGAUUUGCUAAAGAAAUACUUCGUAUCUGCACAGCGCGAGAACAAGUUACGAAGAGCAAGUGAAGCUGCUUCGCUUACCUGCCAUUUGGCAAUGUCUCGCCCUACAGCCAGCGUUUCAGAAUCUAGUGAGUUUCAUCAGCUCAAUCGUACAUCUGAGAUAGUUGAAGUUGGAAGAGAAGCCACAACACAAGAAACGGCUCGAGAAGAAGAGCUGAAGUUGUUACAUGACAUUAAGGAGCAGCUAAAUUUGAUGCAAUCUGAAAUCCAAAGUUUGAAAACUGACAAGCUCCCUCCAAGUGAUGAUGAACCGUCCUUACUUCUUCUAUCAGAGGCGAUGAUUCACUUUUGGCUUUGACCGAUCUACCAAAAGCUUGAGCGCCAGCAGUCACUGGGAAUAGCCUCGGCUCUUACAUAAUCAAGAUGCUGCCAUUCGUUGAAGUUAGUGGUUUUCUGUGACUUCUGAAUAGUGUAAGAGUAGUUUUGGUUUUAUUGUGUGGUUGCGGAGAGAUUGAUUCCUUUGUAAAUUGACCACGUCGAGUGUACAGUAUUGUAUAGCCUGCAUCUCAUCAACCAAGUUGCAUCAAGAGAGGAGUGUUUUCACAUUUGUUAUCCUGUUUUCGGUUUAACAUUUUGAUAUCAGGUUUUUGUUUUGUAUAUUUGAAAUUCUAAUUCGAGUAUUUGAAUGAAAAGGAGCAGAAUAGUAUUUGUGGAUU